UGAGCAAUUACAAAUGAAAACAGAUGUUUGUUUGCUUAGAUUACUUGAGAUUUUGACACCCUUUUUGGUGGAGACUGAUCAGAGACUAAAACUGCAGCAGGUCGUCACACACACUGUGUUUAAAGUUCUUACUUUGAUUUACAAUUCAUUGUUUCAGCUGUGAAUAGAACCUCGACUAAGACAGCAGCUAAGAAUACGUGAAUUUUAAAGGGAAGAAUGGACCUUACAACCAGCAGUGUCACCAGCAAAUCCGCUGUUUCUUUCAGCAUGGAUAGUAUUCUUAGAAAAGGCGUUUUAGAAGAUGACGACACUGAAGUUUCGACGAUCACAAGUAGCCCUGAAGGAAAGACGCGUUUUCAGCCAUCCCCGACUCCCCGAGACGAUGGACAAAGUGACACAUCAGCUUCGCCUUGUGCAACGCCUGACGACUGCGGUCAAGAGAAGCUUUACCUCGGGGGGACCGAAGGUUCCUCACUCAAUACAUCCUCCGACAAAGGGGAUGAAGCCUCCGACGAAUCGUUCUCCUCCAAACCCCGAAAAAUCCGGAGAAGUCGGACUACAUUCACCACAUACCAGCUCCAUCAACUCGAACGUGCCUUCGAGAAGACUCAGUACCCGGAUGUUUUCACACGAGAGGAGCUUGCAAUGAGGCUUGAUCUCAGCGAGGCUAGAGUGCAGGUAUGGUUUCAAAAUAGACGCGCCAAGUGGAGAAAGCGGGAAAAGGCUAUGGGAAGGGAGAGUCCGAAUUUUCUUCAGUCAGAUUCUACACCAGGGCUUGGAGAUGUUGCUCCGCACAUUCCACACACAAUUAACUUUCCAAGUUCUCCGGAACAUCUCUGGUCUCUUCGAGUCUCCCAUCUAACGGGAAUGAACCCCAUGCUUGCCCUGUAUCAACAAAACGUUGGAAAUCUUGCCUCUCAUCAACUUCAUGGAAAAUUUCCAUUUGGCGGGCUCUUCCCAAGUUACCCAGUAAGCUCAAAUACUUUCGGCUUUCCAGGACUUUUUUUCGGUGGAAACAGUCCCUCUUCCUCCGGAAUUGCUAGUUCCGGUGCAGGGCGCUUACCUUUAAGUCAGGAAUCUCUGGAUCUAAGGAUUUCCAGCAUUGACAAUUUAAGAAUCAAAGCUAAGGAACAUUGUGCAGCUACCUCUGAGAAACACCCAUUUUUGUCUUAAUUUUCCGAGGCAAUGUCUGCGAUGAGUGUGUCUGUAUGGAGUACAGACCGGUAUAAUGUACGAUUUUUAAGGGUGCUAGUACAGUAAUGCGAACUUAGACAGUUUAUGGCUGUCUGCUUUCCUACAGUUUUGUCCAUAUAUGUAUCUCCACAACUGACGAUGUAUGUGCUUUAGAUGGCGGUUGCCAAGUAUACAUUCCAAAUCAGUCCAACAUUAUUACACAUUCUGAAAUGAAAUCACUGAAAACUUUGAUUUGGUAUUUGUCAGAUGACAAAACAUCCUAUUCCAGUGCUUAUUUAUUGCUUUUUUGUUUGUGUUGUUAAAUUGUUGACUAGUGAAUUGUUGUAGUGUUAUGAUUAAUCUGAAUAAAAUAAUUAGUUCAUCUUCA